UUAUCGGUGAGGUAUUAAAUAAACAUGAACUCUGGCCAUGAAAUGACUGUAUUCUGCACUUCCUGAAACAUGACAGGCCAUAGCACUCAGUGGAAAUUAUUUAAGUUUCUCAAAGUGCUGCUGUUUAGUGUCAUAUUUUCGAUUACAGUUCUGUUCCUUGUUGCCACAGUUAGGACGUUUACAUUUGAGGCGGACGCGGGGCUUCGGCUGGGAAAAUGGGAAAAUACGACAGCCAUUUCUCUUCAUUUAAGUCCACAACAGAGAAAGAACCUGCUGGCAAAUUUCAAAGCGGCCAUUCAGAUUCCCACUGUGUCAUUUACCGAGACAAAUGUGAACACGAGCGCGCUGCGUGAGUUUGACGCGCUGCUGAAGAAGGUCUUCCCAAAGGUCUUCUCAUCCAGUCUGGUCCAGCAUGAGAUGGUGGGAAACUACAGCCACCUGUUGACGGUACCAGGAAGCGAGGCUGAUCUGGAGCCCUACAUGCUGCUGGCACACAUUGAUGUAGUGCCGGCCGAUGAGGCGGAUGGGUGGGAUGCGCCUCCUUUCUCUGCUCAAGAGCUCAAUGGCUUCAUUUAUGGACGAGGAACCAUCGACAAUAAACAGUCUGUGAUGGGGAUCCUUCAGGCGUUAGAAUACCUGCUGGAACGAGGUUACACACCUCGGAGAAGCUUCUACAUUGGCUUGGGUCACGAUGAGGAGGUGAAUGGUUUACAUGGGGCAGCCAAUAUUGUGAAGCUCCUGAAGAGUCGGGGGGUGAAGCUCCAGUAUGUUUUAGAUGAAGGCCUGGCGGUGCUGGAUGGUGAUAGUGGCCUGGAUGGACCUGCUGCCCUAAUAGGUAUCAGUGAGAAAGGUCAGGCCACAGUAAAGCUGAGUGUAAGCAGCGCUCCUGGACAUUCAUCCAUGCCUCCCAGAGAGAGCAGCAUUGGCAUCUUGGCUUCAGCAGUCAAAAGAUUGGAGGAAAAUCCAAUGCCCAGGCUGUUUGGUUAUGGUCCUGAGCGUGGCACGUUUGAACACCUGGCCCAUAAGUUUGGUUUGCCUCUCAGAUUCAUCAUGUCUAAUCUGUGGCUCUUCUCUCCACUUCUCAGCAGGGUUUUGGAGAGAAAACCUGACACAAAUGCUUUUGUGAGGACCACAACUGCCGUCACUAUGUUUAACUCGGGUGUAAAGAUUAACAUAAUCCCGUCAAAUGCUGAAGCUUUUGUCAAUUUCCGUAUCCACUCAGCCCAAACACUGCAGGAGGUUGUGGAGUUGGUUGAGUUAACUGUAUCAGAUGAGCGUGUGAAGGUAGAGCUGGUCAAUGGAUUCGACCCACUGCCCAUCAGCUCCUAUGAUGAGCAGGCGUUUGGCUUUCAGAUCAUAAAAAAAACGGUGCAGGGCAUGUUUCCUCAGCUUACGGUGGCUCCUGGUAUCUGUGUUGGCAACACUGACAGCCGUCACUACAAGGAUAUCACGCAAGAUAUAUAUCGCUUUGCUCCGUCAUGGUUCAAACCAGGUGAUCCUCAGAGAUUUCACGGUGUGAACGAGAGAAUCUCCAUUCAGAACUAUGAAGAGAUUGUGCUGUUCUACUUCCAGCUGAUCCAGAAUAAUGACAUCAGGAAGUUGCCGCCACCUCACAGUAGCCAGCAUGAGCUGUAAAUGGUGGGAUGUUACUUACACUGAUCUCAAGACACUAAAGUUUUAGAAACUAAGCUCAGGGGGCUUUGUUUUAGCAGAUAAGAAUUGUGAAUAAAAUGAUCUUAAACAGCCUGAGCUCUUAUCUGUAUUUAAUCUUUAUAGUGUUUUCGUUGAUUCAGAUUUUAUUAAGGUUUAAGUUAGCACUGUGUUACAUUUUCAAAGCUUGCAUUAUGGGCCAAUAGAUUAGCGUUAGACUGAAGUGAUUUAUUAUGACUGAUUAUGUCUGGAUAUAAACAUUUACCUCUGCAUAUCACCUGCAUCACAAAGCUGUAGCUCAACACAAAGGUAUUGUUAUUGGUUGUUUAAAUGUUACUUUGAAUCCUUAGUAAUUUUUGCACUGAAAUGGACUUUGCUGAGACUGAAAAUGACUGUAAAUGUUUUGCAUUAAUCAUUUUGAAAUUUCAAGAAUGUUACAUGAAUUUUUCAUUUCAGGUUUAAAUUAAUAAAUUGUUUUAAUAGAAA